AUGGCUUUGCCGGCAAAUGCCCAAGAAGGUAGCGGCACAGCUGAAGGCAUAUAUUUAAAAAGUGAGAAAGACAGUGCUACUGUAUGUACUUGGCAAGCGAAGUUAAGAGGAUCAACGAACAAGUUUGUUGGCUAUGUUGGAUCAGUUGAGGAAGCCAUGACUGUAAUAAGACAAUAUGAACUGGAAACAACAACAAAAUUCUCUUGUUUUAAAUCAGACAAAAUGUUUGGUGCUGGAGGUAAGAUAAUUAUGAAGCAACAAAAUUAUGCACUUAUCGACUGAAAGCCGACCCCCCACCCCCGGGACAAGGUGGGAAAACAAAGGGUGUUCGAUAAAAUUUGACAGCAUGUUUUGCCGUUGGGGGGUGGGGAUUUCUCAAGAUUUGCCACGUUUUAUUUUUCUCCUACAGGACUGUAGGUGGGGGCUUUAAAAGUUUAAGUGCCCCCUCAUGGGGGUUAAUCACCAUUGUAGUUGACAUGAAGUCAAAUUCCCACCCUGUCCUGGGGGUGGGGGAGGGGGGAUUUCAGUUGAUAAGUGCAUAAACAAUAAGUUGGUCAUAAAAAAAUUCUUGAAUCUGAUUGGUUAUCAGCAGCUAUGAUUUUAGCAGUGCAGUGUAACAUAAUAGGGUUAAGAAUGCUGGAGUAGAAUGCGGUGUAGCUUGCACACCAGAUUACAAUCAAAAGAUUAUAAUAAACAAUGCUGUGAUCUUAGAAAUUUUUCUUUUGUUGGGGGAGAAAUAUGCUGGAGUAGAAUGUGCAUAUUCUAAACACAGUGGUAUUCAUGGCAUGAACAAUUUAUGAAUCAAAGACAUGAAAUACCGUAAAAUUCCGAAAAUAAGCCCCGGGGCUAAUAUUUUUCAAAGGCCCUUUUUGAGGGGCUUGUUUUUAGAGGGGCUUAUAUUCGGAGGGGCUUAUAUACGGAGGGAAAUUUGCGUUUCAAAAUCGAUUGGGCUAACCUUAUAGUUGGAAGUAAAUUUACCGUUUUUGCUUUGUUUUAUUUUGUAUUUGAGGGCAAUUUUCCAAGUACAAGCCCCCGGGGGGCUUAUAUUUGGAGGGGCGAUUUUACGGAGGGUUUUUAGCGUUACCAGUUUGGGGGGCUUAUAUUUGGAGGGGCUUACGGUAUCUUGAAAUCUAUGUUUGACUGAGUACUAUCUGCAAAGGGUGCAUGUAAUACAUUGGCUUGACUGUGGUGUAGGUUGCAUACCAGAUUACAAUCAAAAUUAUAAUAAACAAGGCUAUGCUCUAAGAAAAAAAAUUCGGGGAGCCCAAAACACUAAACCUUUGACAUUCUGGCUGCCCAGCAUAGUAAUUUUGGGCAAAAACUAAGAUUGCCUUCUUGCCGAAAAGCAACAGUAAAUCACCAGGGGCCUCUGAGGACUGCUAGAGUACAGCCCUAAUAAACAUAAUACAGACUUUCCUUGUUUCCAUGACACAGAUCCCUUUGCCAAGCAAAGAAAAGUCUAUUUCAAAGAUGACAAAAUUCCAUUUGAUGGAGUACCAUUCAGUAUAAUUGGCACCAAGGUAUUUGACUGCCAACAUGGACCAGACAGGAAAAAGUCAUUUAAAGCGAGACAUUCUGAAGAGAAGGUAUGUUGGUUAUGACUAAAAAAUAUCUGCAUUUUUACUUCACAGCCACAGCCUUUUUGGUGCUUUUAGCACUAAACUGUAAGGAAUCUAUAAUAUUAAUCUUCUAACUACAGGUUGAUGAUCACUCAUUCAAAAGGAGGAGGUUUCUACCUCAAGACACAAUGAAGUUUGGCUGCCCUGCAAGUAUUCGUUUAUCAGAAGUCAUAAAGUAUUGCAAUUACAAGGUACAAAACCACCAUCACAAUACUGAUAAUAGCAAUUGACAUUAUACUUCCGCUCAGUAAAAUACAUCCCUUCAUUUCAUAACUUAUUACUGUCUUUUAACUCUAUUAGAUCAGGGAUGACACAGAAAGACUAAGAAGGGACAUGUCCAAAAAGCUGAAGACUGAUAUAACCAGCGGACAGAAACCCCAAGUGGAACGCAGAAUUUAUAUCCAAUUACCAAAGGAGGAUGAACACAAAGAUCACAUCACUGGAGAGGUCUGUUGA